GCGGGGUGACGUCAUAGGCCUGCGACGGAAGAGUCCCACCAUUAUAGUAGACAUGGCUGGAGUGGUGAAGAAGACCACAGGCUUGGUGGGUCUUGCCGUUUCACAGAGCCCACAUGAGCGUCUUAGGAUGCUGUACACCAAGAUUUUGGGGUCCUUGCAGAUGGUGCCCCAGGAUGCAGCGUACAGGAAGUACACCGAGCAGCUGAUCACAGAGAAGUUCAACCACGUCAAAGCCGAACCUGAUGUGCAGAAGCUGGAAGAGAAAAUCAACUGUGGUCAGAUUGAGGAGGUCAUUGCGCAAGCGGAGUCAGAGCUGUCCUUGUCCAGGAAGAUGGUGGAGUGGAAACCAUGGGAACCGCUGGUUGAAGAAGCCCCAGCUAACCAGUGGAAGUGGCCAAUCUGAAGAGUGGACCUGAUCUGUAAUGCGCACCAGAUCAUGUAUGCUGUCUUUUUGGGGGAGUUUUGCUGAUGUAAAUUUUAUUUAUGUUAAAAAAUGAAGAAUAAAUCUUGUAUAUACAAAUGGC